CUUUGCGGCACACACAUGCAGAGUGAGCAGCUUCAGAGUGUUUGUGUUACUGUUGCUUUGAGUAAGGCAGCAUGCUUUGGAAAUCUGGAAGGGCUUGUGGAGCUGGUUUGGGGAUAUUGCUGAUUUUCUUAGUUCAAGCAGAGCAUGUGUGCUGUUCAUGGGCUACACGAACAUAUAGCCCCCAGAUGCACAACGUUAACGGAUAUGUUGGCUUUUCACAGCAAGAUGGUAGACUAAGAAGACUAGAUGGCAGCUAUUCCCAGGAUCAAAUCAGACAUGCCUUCAUUUCUCCACGAGUAGCUCACAGCAGUAGCCUCAGCACAGGAACUACAGUUAACAGAGGCUAUAGUGAAAGGCUUUCUGCUAGCAGCUAUAAACAGACUGUUUCAGAACCAGCCCAAAGCUUGGUAAGGUUAGUGCAGAGCAGCUUGGUGACAAAACCUAACUGGUACACAAAUGUGAAGGGCGUUAAUGCUCUGGAGGUGCCAAACCGCUCCUCUUUUAGCCUUUCUGUUGCAAGUGGGAACUCGCUGAAUGGACUCGGUCAAAACCAGAACAGCCUUCCUGAUAGCAAAAAGGAAAUGACUUGGCCGUUUCAGCGUGGUGCACCCCAAACUAGUAAGGCUGGCUCCAGCAGUGCUGCAUCUCUUCAAACUCUUACACGAAGCUCCUUGUUUAAACCAGCCUCUCAGCAUUCUGUAGCACAGAAACCUGCCAGUGCAGCUGUACGGGGGCAAACAUCAGCAAGCGCUCCUGCAAAACGGGUCACUCAACAUAAAUCUGAACCUUUAAGUAUUGCUAGAGACUUCGCCGUCCAUGGCUUUAGGAAAUCAUACGGAAACACAUGGCUUCCUGCAAAUACUGGGAACAUCCAAGUAGGCUACAUGCCGUCUUCCACUUCGAACAUGAUGGUGAGCUACAAACCCAGCUACACCUUCGCAGAGCGGAGGCCCACCAGUAGCAACCCUCUUCAAGCACCAUGGGGAAUCAGGAAUCCAGCCCAGGAAGUUCAUAGUCUGCCUGCCUAUGGAAGUAACAGCAGGAUCUAUGAGGUCCCUGAACACUUUGGAGGCUAUGCUAUCAGACGGCUUGGUGACAAAGAGGUCGAGCAGGUGCCACAAACUACCACACCUCCCCCACAGCAGAUGGAAUAUCUCAACCCAAGAAAAUCUGAGCAUCCGCGUGCCAAAUGGAUGACAAUCAAGCUACGUCCAAGAUACUAGAAGGUGCAGCAAGAAGACAUAGCUGAACGUUUUCUUAAAUAAAUUAAAUUGAAAUCUUGUCUUCUGUCUUGACUUCAUCUCCCAGUUGUGAGGUACUAUUAAAAGCCAACGCUUGUGUCUAUGGAUGUAGACUUGGUGCCCUCUAGUGAGUAAAUGAUGUGAUGCUAAACUACUCUUUGGGGGGCGAAAUUGCUCCUGAUGCAAAGAUCCACUCAGAGAACACAAUCUUACUCGAGCUUAUUUCCAAACGACUGUUUGUUUUGGUUUUAAAUUGUAGAAGGAAGUGCUUACAGGACAUUUCUGACACAAUACAGUGGUGACAGAGUCCAGUUAUUGUAAACACUUGUGUCAUUGUAUGUAUUA